GGUCAAGGUCUAAUAUUGUUGAUCACUAAAAAUAUUUUGGUCAUUGAAAGACAUGGCUGAACUGUGGAAACGAAGUGUAGUUUGUAACCCCGGGUAAAAGUUUAUGUCGUAAUCUACAAUUUACAGUAUGGGGAACUUGAGAAAUAUUUUCUAUCGAGUGUGUUCAGGUUUUGUUUUGAUCGCCACGGUACACGUGUGUUUGUGUACUGAGACCGUAGACAACACGGAGGAAUUUCAUAUGGUUCAAGAUAAAUCCUUUUCUAAUGUGACAAUUUAUGACAUGAAUGUGACGUGUGGGGAGCACAGACCAGGGUUGUUUCCCUCCCAGACUUGGACCUGUAAUGACAUUAGGGUAAAUGGGAUGAGAAUGGCCUAUGGCUACUACCCUGGCUUAGGAGCAGACAGUAAAUGCACAGAGUCAGGUGGAUUCGAUGAGCUGCGACAGCUUUGUUACAAGUUGAUGGAAUCUAUUGCUUCUAACAGACAAUUAUGGGGAGCUCAGGUUUCCAAAGCCAGCUGUGAUUACAUUAAUGAAAAGCGAGUGAUGCUGAAUCUGUCCCUGGACGGUUACUAUUGGAAGAUUAUGAAACCAGGCUAUGGCUGGAUAGAAACUCUGCAGUGUGUGGCGUUUCCAAAGGAUGAUACAUUUCCUUUCCCAUGAUGCAGUGGAUGCAAAAUUGAUUUAUUUUAAACGAGAAAUGAAACAGGAAGAUUUCAUCUUUUGCCUUUUUGGUUUUUUGAUCUCACUCUUUGGAAAUGUAAUCACUUCAUUUGUGAAACAUUUUUUUCUUAUUUUUAGCAGAGCCCUUUAAGAAAGGAUUUGCAUUAAGAGAUAUUUACGUUAAGCUUUUAUAAGAAUUGAUUAAUUUAGUAGCAGUGUGAAAAAAAUGCCUCAUCAAAUCAAAAGCAUGCAUCUCCUACACAAUUCAGAUGCACACAUUUUCAGACUGCCUCAGGCUAUUUUAAUUUUUUCAAGUUCUGUUGUUCUUGGUAUUAGUUAGGUCUAGAGACAUUUUUUAAGAAGUGUUGCACAAAUUAUUCUGAUUAUUUUUUCUUCCCUGUUAUCUGUAAGUCAUGACACUUCAAUAGAGACUUAGUAUAGAGACUUAGUCACAUAUUUACUUGUGAAUGUUUUCUUCUUUUAAAUCCUUCACUUUCCUGUUUUUUUUCUCACAGAAAUAAGAUACUGUGUUUAUAUGUGUUAUUAUUUACUGCAUUUGCAUGUUUUUUCAUAGCUUGGCAAUCCAUGGUUUUUGAACUUCUAUACUCUGCAUUAAAUAGCCAACAGGUUAUUGUCUUGGGAAAUGGAAAUUGGUGAUUUGGUGUCUUGUUUUGUAAUAAUGAAUGUCAUUUUUGAAAGGAAGUUGAAUGAAGUAAAUGUUUUAAUAUGCUGUCAAUACAUUUUGCUCCAUUUAUUCUAUAAUUCAUGAGAGCCUAAUGAGGUGCAAGCUAAUUUUAAAACCAGAUUUGGAUGUAAAAGGAUUCAUGCUUCAGGUAGUUUAAGAACUGAAAAGGUUGGAAUGUAUAUUCAAAAUGUAAAAAAAACUAAAAAGUGUACUUAUGUAACUGAUCAAUUGCACUGGCCUUAACCUCGAUGUUUUGUGAUCUGACAAGAUCUUUUUUGUUAAUAUUUGAUAGUUUCUUGUAUAAUAUAAAGAAAUAUGUGCAAAGUCAAGAUUCUGACCUUUGGACCUCCAUGAAUAACAUGAAAGUAAAAAUUAGAAUAUGAUUUUAUAAUAUUAAUAGAACUGCUAGUGUUGUAAUAGAACUGCUUGUAUACCAGCAUUCAUUUUGAGCCAGAACAUUCAGUUAUGAAUUAUUAUCAUACUAGUAUUGUAGUUACAUGUAAGACAGGGUGCAAACUUACUCAUCUGAGAUUUCCAUUCAUUAGAAUGGCAUGCAUUAAAUAUUUAUCAUAACAAAUAUGCCGACUUGCUCUGUAUUUUUAAUUUUGGAACUCUAUAUUCCUUGAAAUUAAAAAAAAAAGUUUAUAAAGUUAGAUGUAGUAGUAUCGUUUCACUCAUUUACAGGACAAGUAGAGAUUUAGCAUAUGUAAACCUGUGUUUAGCAUGUUUUGUAAUGGUGUUGUUUGUUUGUUUGUUUAUUCUACUUUUCCCGUUAUCCAUGAAGUUCUAAUAUUUGCAGGAGCAUACUAUGGAUCUGUCUUUCUGUUUCUUGGAGAUCUCUAGAUUUGUCUCUCUUUGGAACCGUACAAGAAAUAAAAAAGAUUUGAUGUUUGGCUUGCUCUACUAGUAACUAUUUAUCCCAAUCUGUUUUAAGCAAUAAUAAUCAGAUUGUAACAAGAGAUGUAUAUUGGGAAAAAAUAUCUAACUAAGAAUAAGUGAAAUGUGAAACUGUUACCUAUGAACAUAUGAAGGGAUUGUCUUUCAGAUACACAUUUUGUUGACUUUAAAGCAGAUAUCAAGUGCUAUUUUUACAUAUUAUGCUUUUUGGAAGUCCCACGUUUUUUUUUAAAUCGUUAUAUUUAUUCUAUGCAAUAUCUAUUAAUCUACCAUUGUUAAUAAUCAUAUUUUAUUAUCUGCAUGUACAUGAUAAAAAAGAGGAGAAAUUAACGUCAUCGUAAUACAGUCAAAGACGUCCAUUGUUAUACAGAAUAACUAAAACAUUAGAGAUUGAUUACACAAUUGUAAAUAAAAUUCAUUAAACAUUACUGUGUACAAACAUUGACAAUCAUGUAACUAUACACUUGUAAAUAAAAUGUGAAGGCACUUGGA